UGUGUGUGUUAGUGCUGAAGCCUCAGUGGCUGGAGCUCGAAUCUAAAUCUCCAUAUCUGUGUGUGUUGCUGAGGCGGAGCGGCAGCGAUGUCUACCAGCUCUGCGUUCAACGAUGAGAAAGGCGGCUCGUCCAGCGCCGGAGAGCCGGAGUACGGACACGAUCCGGCCAGCGGGGGCAUCUUCUCCUCGGACUACAAGAGGCAUGAUGACUUGAAGGAGAUGCUGGACAGCAACAAGGACUCUCUGAAACUGGAGGCCAUGAAAAGGAUUGUUGCAAUGAUUGCAAGAGGAAAAAAUGCGUCUGAUCUCUUUCCUGCUGUGGUGAAGAACGUGGCCUGCAAGAACAUUGAGGUAAAGAAGCUGGUGUAUGUGUAUCUAGUGCGCUAUGCUGAGGAGCAGCAGGAUUUGGCUCUGCUCUCCAUCUCUACAUUCCAGCGGGGACUCAAGGAUCCUAAUCAGCUGAUUCGUGCAAGCGCCUUGCGUGUUCUCUCCAGUAUCAGAGUCACUAUCAUUGUGCCCAUUAUGAUGUUGGCCAUUAAAGAGGCUGCCUCUGAUAUGUCUCCAUACGUCCGCAAGACAGCCGCACAUGCCAUCCCCAAACUCUACAGCUUGGACCCUGAACAGAAAGACCAGCUAAUUGAGGUCAUUGAAAAGCUGCUUGCUGAUAAAACCACUUUGGUAGCAGGCAGUGUGGUGAUGGCAUUUGAGGAAGUAUGUCCGGAGCGGAUUGAUCUGAUCCAUAAGAACUACCGUAAACUCUGCAAUCUGCUGAUUGAUGUGGAGGAGUGGGGUCAGGUGGUUAUCAUCAACAUGCUCACCCGCUAUGCCAGAACCCAGUUUCUCAACCCCAACAUUAAUGAGUCCCUUUUGGAAGAGGGAGGAGAGAAGGCUUUUUAUGGUUCUGACGAUGAUGAUGAUGACGAUGAAGAGAAAAAAGCUGAGGCAGCUGCUCUGGCCAAGAGGAAGCCCUAUGUUAUGGACCCUGACCACAGACUGCUGCUCAGAAACACCAAACCAUUGCUACAGAGCCGCAAUGCUGCGGUGGUGAUGGCAGUGGCUCAGCUGUAUUUCCAUCUCGCUCCAAAAGCCGAGGUGGGCGUCAUUGCCAAGGCUCUGGUGAGGCUAAUGAGGAGCCACAGCGAAGUUCAGUAUGUAGUUCUACAAAACGUUGCUACCAUGACCAUCAAAAGGAGGGGGAUGUUCGAGCCAUACCUGAAGAGCUUCUAUAUCCGGUCCACUGAUCCCACACAGAUCAAAAUACUCAAGCUUGAAGUUUUAACAAAUCUGGCAAAUGAAACAAACAUUUCAACCAUUCUGAGAGAGUUCCAGACCUAUAUCAAAAGCAUGGAUAAGGACUUUGUGGCAGCCACAAUCCAGGCCAUUGGCCGCUGUGCCACUAACAUUGGGGAGGUGAGAGAUACUUGCCUCAAUGGUCUGGUACAACUCCUGUCAAACAGAGAUGAGCUGGUAGUAGCUGAGUCUGUGGUGGUGAUUAAGAAGCUCCUGCAGAUGCAGCCAGAGCAGCACAGUGACAUCAUCAAACAUAUGGCCAAGCUCACAGACAACAUACAGGUGCCGAUGGCAAGAGCCAGCAUCCUGUGGCUGAUUGGCGAGUACUGUGAACAUGUACCUAAAAUUGCUCCUGAUGUUCUGAGGAAGAUGGCCAAGACCUUCACCAAUGAGGAGGACAUUGUCAAGCUGCAGAUAAUCAACCUGGCUGCCAAACUCUACCUGACCAACUCCAAACAGACUAAGCUCCUUACACAGUAUGUGCUCAACUUGGCAAAGUAUGACCAGAACUAUGACAUCAGAGACCGGGCGCGGUUCAUCCGUCAGCUCAUUGUCCCCACCGAUAAGAGUGGAGCUCUAAGCAAAUAUGCCAAGAAACUUUUCCUUGCCCUCAAACCUGCACCUGUGCUGGAGUCUCCGUUUAAAGACAGAGACCAUUUCCAGCUGGGCUCGCUGUCUCAUCUGCUGAAUACCAAAGCAGGCGGCUACCAGGAGCUGCCUGACUGGCCUGAAUCGGCGCCCGACCCCUCCGUGCGCAACGUGGAGGUUCCAGAAUGGACUAAAUGCACCAGCAGGAAGGAACGAAAGGAGAAGAAGGUGGAAAAGCCUUUCUACUCCGACUCGGAGGGAGAAUCUGGACCCACAGAGUCGGCUGACAGUGAGUCGGACUCAGGUAGUGGGUCGGAGAGCGGCAGUGAGGAGAGUGGCUCUGGUUCAGCGAGUGAAGAGAGUGAGGAGGAAUCUGAGUCUGAGGAGGAGGAGGAGGAGGAGGAGGAAGACGAAGAGGAAGAGAGAGCAAAGAAAAAGAAGAAAGUAGACAAAAGCAAACCUAAGAAACCUGAGAGUGCUGAGAGUGAUCAGAGCAGCGGAGAGGAGCAGAAGAGAGACCGAAAAGCAGGGAAGCAGCGGAGGAGUGGCUCUGAGUCGGAAAGCGAGGAAGAGAGUGAGUCUGAGAGCAGUGAGUCCGAGUCAGAGUCUGAGGAAGAGUCAGAGUCAGACACAGACAUCAAGAAGAAGAAGAAGCCCCAUUCCCCCGCACACCUUCCCACCACCCUGCAGCAAGAGGAAGUUAUUGACAACAGCCUGGGGCAGAUUGGUCUCAGUGGAGACUGGCAAGAGACAGCUGUAUCAAAGCCACCUCCAAAGCAGACCAAAAAAGAAAGCAAGAAAGAGACCAAGGAAAUGUCACUACUAGAUCUGGAUGACUUUGAGCCUACGCCCUCACCUCAAGUGACCCCUGUCAACAGUUUCCUGUCCAACAGUCUGGUGACCGAUCUAGAGGGCUUGUCACUGACCGACACUGUACUUGCCCCCACCACUAUUGCCCCAUCCAGCUCUUUGAGGAUGUAUGAGCUGUUGCACCGCAUCACAGGCGAGGGUCUAGCAGUGGAAUACUGCUUCAGCAGACAGCCCUUCAGCCCUGACCCUCACAUGGUGGCUGUGCAGAUCCAGUUCACCAACAACACUACUUCUGAGGCCAAGAGCUUGCACAUAGAAGAGCCCAAACUGCAGUCUGGCAUGAGGAUCAAGGAGUUUCCAGAAAUUGAGAUGUUACCUGCAGGCGAGUCACUUAAUGUAGUAAUGGGCAUUGAUUUCUGCGACUCCACACAAGCAGCCAACUUCCAGCUUUGCACUCAUACCCGGAAGUUCUUUGUGUCGAUCCAACCACCAGUGGGAGAGCUGAUGAUGCCUACCUUUCUGACAGAGAACGAGUUUAAGAAGGAGCAAGAGACACUAUUACAUGGUCAGCUGAUGGGAAUGAAUGAGAUCUCAGAGAAGCUAACCCUGGGGGAGAAGUGUCAAAGCGAACACGCCAUCGUAGAGAGAGUCACCUCCACGGCUAACCUCAGCAGAGUACCCUGUGGUUCAGAUAAAGAGAGCAGUCCUCCUGUUCCUCCUCCUCCUUCCUCACCUGUUUCCAGGUUUGCUGGGAAAACCGUCAGCAGCGGAAGCCUUGUGCUGGUGACUGUAACGAGGAAGGAGGGAGCAGGGGCCCUGCUUACGGUGAACUGUGAAAAGAUGGUGAUUGGUACAAUGCUCGUGAAGGACAUCCUCCAAGCUCUGACGCAGUGAUGGCUGCCUCUUCGGCUCUCCUCCCUGCCCCCACCCUCUCUGCAUAUAUCUGUAGCAAUGUGUAGACGUUGCCUUGAUGCUGUGUGCUGAUGUUGGACCAGCUUCCAUUACUCAAUGCUUAUUUAAAUACAGUUAACGGUUAUGAGAGGGAAUAUAAAUAUAAAAUCUCAGAUCAGUAAUCACUUGGUAACGUUUAACCAUGUUGCACAUACUGUAUACACUUCCAAUAUUUAUUUUUUUGUCCCCAAAGAUCAGAAUAUAGCUAAAUACAAUACACACAAGCGCCCGUCCGUAAUAAUAUCCAGUUAUUUCUGUUAAGUUACCAGAAUGUUGCAUGACCCACUUUUAACGUUUUAACCCCGUAAAUGGCCAGGGCACACCAGCAGGCCCGAAGGUUUGUUACACACCUCUGUAACCUAAGGCAAGCUCAGCCAGUUUGCAUUGAAGGCUCUGUAGCUACUUAAUAAUAAUAAUGCCUGUGUAGUAUGCCUGGGAUAUUAAGGGGUUAAAAGAAUUUUAGACAAGAAAGUCUAUGCUUGCCAAAUAUCCAAACAGGACAUGUCUGUUUAAAGUGUGUAAUUCAGUUUAAUGUUAUUUAUUUAUUUAUUUUUUAACAGCACAGAAAAUCUUACAGCACAUACUGCAUGUACAGUUUGAACUCUGUGAACAAGAUAUCCUACUAACAGAAGUACAUGGGUUUAAUUAUACACAAAGUCGUAUACACGUUGUAGUUCUGAAGCCCAUUUAAGGAAUUAUUUCAAUGGUUCUGAACUCUGGUCUUUGGGAUCCUAUGUCCUGCAUAGUUUCAACUGUUUUCUGCCUUAAUGUAUCUGAUUCUGCUCAUGAAGUGCUUGUUCAUUACCUCAUUAGCUGGAUCAAGUGUCUUGAGGUGCGGAUUGUCUGUCACUGUGCAGGACAGGCCGUCCCCAGGACAUUUUCUGUUGUUGUGCAACAGAUUCAGUGAAUCAUGACAAUCAGACUUUCAUAUUUCAGCAAAACCUAAUAUAUGUAUGGCAGCGUAUUCUGGACUCAAAUUCAAAUGCAGAUUUGAAAAUGCUAAUUCAAAUGUGUAUUUACAUUAAUUUCCCAUGUGAGUGUGCAUUGUUUACAAUGUAAUUCAAAUGCAAAGUGUAUUUGCGUUUGCAUUUUUUUGUAUAAUGGCUGGAAAAAUGCAAAUGCAAAGUGCUUUUGAGAUUUCAUUUUUAUUGUAUUAUUAGUAAGACAGUUGCACUUGCAAUUGCAAUUUUAUUCCCUCAUUGUCGCACUUUAGCUCUGACAAAAUAAUGCAUUUGCAACCCUGUUUGCAUUUGCGUUUUCAUUGUCAGUGAGGUGGGUGGGACCUUGGAAGGGACUUGUAAGUGUGGGGAGUGUUUUCAGAGAAAGUCUAAGGCUGCAUCCAGAACCUCAUACUACCAUACUAAAUAGCAAAAUAAUGUGUUUUUGGAAGCAGCUUAAACUUUUGUGGUAAUGGCACACUUGUUUACAGUAUUGAGGCAACAAUGGCAACCACUGCUAGUGACGUUUUAACACUUGCCAACCAGGCCGUGGAUAAUUCUGUGCUGCGUCAUUCGAUGUUGUUUGCGUGAAAGUGACUUACGACCAACUAGGAGACCUUGUGGCUGCACAAGCACCAUUGUUAGUGACACAGUGACUGGCUUCAGGGCAGAGGCUCACAGGGCUGUUGGAGAAACACUAGACCUAGACGAAAACUGCCCUGCAUGUUUUAGUGCUUUCCCUGUUUUAUCACACCUGUUACAAAUGGUCAGGGAUUGUUAACAAGCUCUUGCUUUUCCAUAUAUUUCGACCAAUUACACACAGAAAUGCAAAUGCAACUACACAUUUUGCAUUUGAAUUUGUGUUGUGUCUUAAAUAAUUUGAAAAAAAAAAGUCUGGAAUAUGCUGCCAUAAAUUUAGGCAUGUAGAAACAUCAGUUUGUUUCCUCCAGAUCUCCAAGUUUUGGUUGAAUGUAGAAAUUUUAAACACAGUGUAAUAUGAUACAUUUACAUCAGUAUCUAAUCAAAACCAGACUGUUCUGACAUUAUUAAACAAAACAGGGUAUUCCAUUCACCCAAGUGAAAUUUCCACUGUUGUGGUAAUAAUCAAAGCAUCCCGUCCACUUGUUAAGCACACCAAUCUGCUAAAUGUUAGGAAAGGUAUCAGUACAUUUGCUAAAAAAGAAAAAAAAACUUGUUCACAGUAACAGCAAACUGCAAAGACACAUGAACUGUACAAUGUAGUACUCGUUUCUGCCUGCCUUUACAUCACAGGUAAACAGUAGGGUAACAAUCUGUAAAUUUUAAUGUGUGACAAGUAUGGCUACAUGAGAAUCCCAUCACAGUUAUCCUUUCAAAGAACCGUGCUGCUUAGACUGUGUUGCCAUACUUACUCUUGUUUUUGCUUCUUUUGAGUUUGUAAUUACACACUGUAACUGCACAUGUUCUCUACGUGUCCUCCCAUGUUGUAAUGACAGACAAAAUGUAGACUUUACUUUGUGCUUAGUUUGGAUGUUAUUGUAUUAUUUAUUUUCAUCUAUUUUGAGUUUACAACAGAAAAUGACAAAUAGUCUGUAAAAUUUAUGGUGGGUUGUGCGAUGCAAACUAAUCUGUUUGAGUAGCAGUUGUUCAAAGAGUAAAUAGCAAAUCACAGGUUGCAUCCUUGUUAUGUUUUCCCCAAAAAAAAACAUUGCAGGUGAUGCUUGAACAUACUAUAGGAAUCUUAAUGCAGAAUUAUUUAUUGGUGUUGCAUAAUUAUGUAGUUAGUGUUACCCCCAUCCUGUAUUUCAGCAGUUUCAGCAUUGAGGAGGAAGCAUUCUGGGCCAUUUCAUGGUGGAGGUAGCAUUAGUUUUUAUCAUCAUAAAUUAUAUUUGAUUGUUCCUUCUAAUGUAAUAUUUAUUUCUUCAGAGAUUUUUUUUCUUGUUAAAGAAACUCUGCUAAAACAAAACGGCUGACAUUCAUGUGCUACUGUUCUCACAGGCCUGUGCUUUUUAUGUGCUUUGGUUGAAGGUACAACAAUCAUCAUGCUGCAUUAUUCAGGGUCAAGUCUAGCUGCUACAGCUGCAAAGGACAGUCUGGAUGGCGCACACUGUGGUGGGUGAUGUCUCAGUCAGAGGAUGGUUAGCAGGGGUAGAUGUGUUCAGUGUGGUUAAGAUAGAGGUUUGGGGGAGGGGGUGUGUUUUCUGUCCUUUGUGGUUGUGUCAGCUAGACAGUAUGUAAUACUCAGUCUACCAUUUCCUUGCUGUGUGAUUGUGAAACAUUGUUACUUUAUUCAUGAAGUUUUCAAAUGUCAAUAAAAUGAAACUCUGCACUCAGA